UUUCGUAGUGUCAACGAUAAAUCAACGGAAGUCAUGCGGUACCUGGAGCUGCUCACGUUCACCGUAUUCGCGGUGGUGUCUGUACAAGCAUCAAAUUAUAGGAACGAAAUGGACGUGGGUUUAGCUCGCCUCUUCUCGAUCACGGUGGCCGAAGCCGAAUCGUGCCUUCGUGACACGGGAACAACGGAGGACGAUAUGAGAAAUUUGCAACGUCUUGUUACGAAAGAAUUAACUGAAAGAAUUGAUCAAGAAGGCGUGAAAAGAGCCAGCCGCGCCUUGGUGUGCUGUGCUCAGUUAGAAGGAACGAUGGUGGGACCGAAGAUUCAAAUGUCGAAAGUCCACGUAAUCAUUGAUAACAUGGGUGUACCACCAGAAGUGAAGUUGCCGCUACUCAGAAUUAUGACCGAAUGCAACAACGAAGUGACACAAAUCACCGUAGAGACCGACGUGAUGGUGGAAUUUCUAAAGUGUACGGUGGCUAAGUGCCGAGUUAUCUUCGAUUCCGAAGUUUAAGAAAUGUACCUAUUCAAGAAACGAUCUUUUUACAUGUAACGAUUUGUUAAUCGCUAAAUAAAUUGUGUUUUCUUCAUUAAUUA